UUCUGCUUUUAGAAUUCACAGGAGUAGCACGUGCUACUGGAAGAACACGGUGCUAUUCGGAAAGUUAGCCUAACGAUUUUUUUUAAUGAACCAAGUUAAAGAAUAGUCAAAAAUAAAGAAAAAUCGACCAUUUUUGUUUAGAAUCAGUUGUUACUGGUGGGCCAGCCAAAUAAAAUUCGGGAAAUUUGAAAAUUAAUUGAACCAAUUUCAUUGGGUUGGGUGAAGAAAGCAAAAAAAGGGUCAAAAUAUGGCACGAAAGAAACGAAAUGCACACGGAUUCAAAUCCAAUAUCCCGGCCAAACAAGAUCGUAAAGCGGCAGAAGAUUUGAUAAAAUUAAUGGAACAGAUGAAGCAAAACGGCAAAGCAAUCCAUCCACAUCAAUUUAGAGGUGAAGUCCACAAAGAAUUAUGCAAAAUUUGGCGAUGCGCUGUUUCUGCACGAAGCCACAACCGUCUUCGUGCAAUAUUAGAAUUCCGAACAAAGGAGGAAUGGUUCCGUACUCGGUACGACAAAGUGUCACCACCAUCAAAGCAAACCUUGCAACGUCGCAAAGCGACCAAAAAGCAACAAUAACAACUGCCGCAAUUACGCUAAAUAAAAGGAAUAAUGAAACAUGCUCGUGCACGUGAAAAAUAUAAAUAAUCUUGUUUCUGCAUGUUAAUUUUAACAAUGUAAUUGAU